AGGGGGAGAACAAGAGGACGAGGGAGGAGGCAUUUCAGGAAGACAUAGGAGCAAAGCUGUCGGUGCCACAAGAGAAAACGGGGAGAUGCAGAUUAGAACAGGUGAGGACGGGAGCUCAGGACGGGGCCCCGGAAGGAGGCCACGGGGCCAACUGAGCCCAGGCAGCGGGCGCCCCUUGUAUUUCCUGAGGAAUUUGGCCAUCGGGGAAGAGUGGCCCCGUGAAGAGAUUGUGUCUGUUUCAUAAGAGAUCUGAUUCCUGUUUGGGAAACCGAAGCAAGCUAUUUCCGGGUACGGUCUGGCCACGUACCUGGCCGCCAGGUCACACUCACAUGUGCACAUUCAGAAACGGGACCGGGGGAAUUCAGCUCAUCAAGGAUGCCCCCACGGUGGCCCCAGGAUUCUCCUCUCCCAGCCCGGGGCUUUGGCCGUGGUCUUGGACGUUCCCGCCCACAGCAAGUUGGCCUCUGGCCCCGGCGCCCCACCCAGGAUGGAGCAGGGGUGUGGGGCUGCUGGCCCAGGGCGGUUUCCACCCUCAGGAACCUCCCUGGGGCCCGGUCCCCGGUCGCGGCACGAGGCAGGAACAUGUGCUUGCAGCCCCGGCCGCCCCCGCUCCAAGUCCCUGGUGCCACGAGUAAACUCUUCCUCCUCCACCCCUGGGAGACGCAGGACUCCCCCCUCCCAGCCUGACUCCCUCCCUCACCUCCCACCCAGGGCGGCUCUGCCAGGCUGCUGCCGAGUGGGCUUGGUUUCAUCAGCCAAGGGGGGUUUCUCUUUUUGCUUUCCUUAGCUCAGCCCAGAGUACAACCCUCCCCGGGAUGGUUCUCUGGUGCUUGUAAUCUCUCUUCUCAUUUCCAUCGUGUCCAUAGUUUAAUAAGGAUUUUCUUCACUGUGCCUCCGCCGCCCCCCACUGCUUCCAUUUACAUCACAAUCCAGGUUGUCAUAACUUUCUGGAGAGGCAAAGGCGGGCUCUUUGGGGGCUCGGGGCUCUGGCACCUGGCUGUUGCCCCUCUCUCCGGGCCAUCAGCUCGCAGGCUUGGCCGAGGUGCGGUCGGGGAGGCUGUCAGAGCCUCGAGGUUAAUUUUCUGAGAGUAUUGGUGCCGCCUGAAGCUGAAAUCAGGUAGAGAUAUUCAGUCCGUGGAGAGCUCCCUUUUCUGGAGGAUUUUAAGCGUGUGGCGCGUGUUGUUAGUCUUUAAUCAUCACCCAAGUGAAAUUAUUUUUUUUCCAGUCAGAUGUUUUAAAACGGUGGGAAAGAAUUUAUAAUAAACAGAAGAGAAACCAUUCUGUUGGGUUUUUGACACACUGGCUUCUUGAGAAUAUCAGUUCCUCUGGAUGCUGGUGUGGUCGGGGGCCGGGGGGUGGGGGGACCACCACCGGAAGAUAUUAAGGGCAAUCUGGCAAGAUUUUCCCUAACUUCCAGGAGUGCUGAAGAGGGAAACUCCUGAGGCCGCACCAUGCUGGGAAAUCCCCUGUCCCUCUCAGUGUUCCCCUUUGGUGGCUCCUAAAGGGAGUGCAUCUCUGGAGAGGUGCUCUUGGACUAACGAUGUCUGUGUCCUUAAGCAACAAGAACCAUCAGAGGGUGGCGUGUGAGGAACCGAUUACUCUGGAUCAGGCACCGGAGUGUCCCCCCCUUGUGUGUGUGUAGACGGCCCCACUGGUGCUCAGAGAGGCUGGUCAUCCAUUCAACUGGGAACGAGGACUCGAAUUCAGCUGCAGACUUAGUCCUGAUUUUGAUCCCAUCCUCCCCCCUCCCCCCCCCCCCCCAACCAAAACGGUGUGCGGGGCAAAACAGAUGCAGAGCUCAGAGCGAGCAGAGCAUCGGGGAGGGGGGUGGAUGAUGCCAGCGGCGGCCCUGGCGAGUCCUCACCCCGGGCCCUGCGCUCACCCUGCGGCCGCGUCCCGACCCGCCCUCGGCCGCCCCCUGCCGGUCGGCGGCAGAAGCGCCUGCCCUGGAACCGGGAAGGCCCUGGAACCGGGAAGACCCUCGCACCUGUUUCCUCAGCUGCGCAGUGAGGGAACCCACGUGUCGUGUCCAGCCCCGGCCUCGGGACCCUCAGCUGAUCCCCGUUGGCAACCAUCUGGUGCUUCACCCGCCAGGGUCGAGAAGAGUUGGGGUGAGCGUAUUAACGUGGCCCCUUGCCAGAAGUGACCGGGCAGCACCUACCCAACCUUCAUCCCAGGAGAACAGGCAGCCUGAGCAGUGAGUGUGGACAGAUGGCGGGUCUCGGGGCCCUGCCACUCAGCUCUGAAGGUCACCUGGAGGCUUGUGGAGAGCCAGAGUGUCAGGUCCCCGCCUGCCUGCUGACCAGAUUGCGUUUUAGCGGCACCCGCAGGUGGUCCCGGAUGCCUCCGAGGGGCUGGGCCGUGUGCAGGAUACUCCAUUCUGAGUUUUUGGAAAAGAUCAAAAUGAUGACUAAGUCUGCAGCUGGAUUCAAGUCCUAGCGCCCAGCUGGAGGGGUGCACGACCCUGAGCACUUCCUCCGCCUGUAGGACCCCUCAUCCUAAAUCUGAGACCUAACGAUUCCUAGCCAGUGUCCCCUGACUCGGCCCUCAUUUAGCCAGCGAGCUGCUCCGAAGGUCAAACUCUGAUGGCGAACCUGGCCAUCUGCCAUAGAGCAGACAGUGCUGGUCCUCAACCCUGGGCGGAAGCCUUCGUCACCAAAUGACCAUGGCAAAGUCACGUGAAAAGGAACUUAGGUCCGGGGAGACACUCCCUCCCCACAGCGAUUUGAAGAAAAAUGCACCGGAUGGUGAAAGUGUGGACUUUCCCUCUCCGGAGUCCCAAGGAAGAAAGCUCCCCAUCUGACUGGCCCAGACACUGGGCCUCUGAACCAGAGGCUGGGCCUAGACUUCUCAAGACCCUGCGGCUCUGAUGGCCCACGUGCCUUGAUUUGCAAAAUGGUCUCGAUCUUUUCUAGUUGAAAUUCUGCUCAGUAAGACACACACCUAAAGCUUCAAAUUCUUCUGCAAAGAGAACUGCCAUAUGGCAUAGAAAAACUUGUGCAUCACAGUUUGUUUCUCCCCCUUAAUUAGCUUUUCUCCUUUAAGAAAACAAAAGCCCUUUAUCUUGACUCGCCAAAUCAACACUGACCACCUUCGUCAUUGUGAUGAAUUUCCUAGAGUCUCAGGAACCGGAGCCCUGGACCAGCCGGGGAGUGGGGGUCUGUGCCCCCAGAAUAAGGACGUGUUAGGAGCUCCCCGUGUUAGAACUAGGAGAGCAGAGGUUGGACUGCAGAGCUUAAAGUAUUUGCCGUCAGGCCCUUCGCGCUCUGAGCCGCGUCCCGGGAUACGGAGCGUGCCGGGCCGUCUGUGAAGCCGCGGGUUGGAAGGAGCAGAUUUUGGAAGGCUGGGACGCUGGCGGAAAACCCAAGCGGCACUCAGAGAUCUUGGUGGAUUGGAGAUUUAUUUAACACCGGCGGGCUCGGAGGAGACCGUUUCUCCAAAGAUCUGAGCGCCAGAUGCAAGCGCGGAGGGAAAUACUUUGUUGGCCUGCAGAAGAGAGUCAGGGUCUGAGGUCACUUUGAGACGGUUUUGACCUCCAGGGACGCCCGGCGGGUCAUCGUCCCUGGAGCUGAGCAGCUCCGCCUGUGCAGGACCAGCAGCAGGCAUCCUUCCAUCCUCGCUGGGCUGAUGGAGAAUAUGGCCUCGUAAGGGAGGGAGACGGCAGAUAAGUCAGCCAGUGUUUGCGCCAGAUAAUUAAGGGCUUGUGAUAGUUGCCUUGCAAGGAAUAAACAAGCCUCGGGUUUCCAUGGAAACCAGCCCCCACAUGGAGCAAAACACCAGCAGAGCCACGGACUAAGGCUUACGGCAGUGAGAGCCCGUUGAAUGGGCCGCGGGCACCAGAUGCGGGGGCUCUGAGGGCCGAUCCCCCUGCGUUUCCUCCGACCCCACAGCCCCGCACUGGGAACACCAGCCAGACGCGGCUGUGCCGCCGAGCAUCCACACAGCCCUGCGGGCCGGCUGGCAGGGGCGCCCGGUUCGUCCGCAUUAGACCCAUCCUGUGAUGCUUUGUGGACAGUGGCAUAAAGUACCCCUGCUUGUGCGCUGAGGCGGCCUGGCUGUGGACGGAGGACCGAGGAGCCGGCUGGCUGGGAACGGGCCCAGGGGACGUGCAGACGUGUCUCCACCUGCAGCUUUCUCCCACUGCCUGCGCAGACCUUGAGUAAGCGACUGCGUGAACUAAUGAACCGUUACUGCAAAGACUGAAUGUUUCUGAAGGACUUGGAAUAGUGCUUACCUUUAGGCCCACCCCCCACAGCCGCACCCACAAAGGGUCUCGGCAGCAGGCAGGUCGUGCGGGAGCCCCCAUGUCCCAGGGGCCCGCGCGCCAUGCCUGGAGCUCGGUCGGCUGUGUCUUCAUUUUCCCGUCUUCUCCACGGGAUCAUGGGAGACCCCCUUGACCUUGUCUUCGGAGUAGUGCUCGUGGCCAGUCCUGUGCUGGCGAUUUCUUCCUGCUCCUCGGACGGUCGGCUAGCCUUGUACCGAUUCUGCAACCUCACCCAGGUGCCCUGGGUGCCUGGCACCACGGAGAUCCUCCUGCUAAGCUUCAACUACAUCGAGACUGUCACUGCCUCCUCAUUUCCCCUCCUGGAGCAGCUGGGGCUGCUGGAGCUCGGGACUCAGUAUACCCCCUUGCGUAUUGACAGAGAGGCCUUCCGAAACCUGCCCAAUCUUAGAGUCUUGGACCUGGGCGGCAGCCACAUGCAUUUCCUGCAUCUCGACGCUUUCCAGGGGCUGCCCCACCUGCUUGAACUUCGACUCUUCUUCUGUGCUCUCUCCGAUGCCGUAUUAAGAGACGGUUAUUUCCGAAAUCUGGAGUCUUUGACUCGCCUGGACCUGUCCAAAAAUCAGAUUCGUAGCCUUCACCUUCAUCCUUCGUUCCGGGAGUUGAAUUCCUUGAAGUCUAUCGAUUUUUCCCUCAACCAGAUACCCAUCGUAUGUGAACAGGAGCUCAAGCCCCUCCAAGGGAAGACGCUCUCCUUCUUAAGCCUCGCCACCAAUGGCUUGUACAACAGGGUCCCCAUGGACUGGGCCAAGUGUAUGAACCCAUUCAGAGACAUGGUGCUGGAAACCCUGGAUGUUUCUCACAACGGCUGGACCGCGGAUGUCACGGGGAACUUCAGCAGGGCCAUCAAUGGGAGCCAGACCUCCUCUCUGGUUCUCACCUACCACAUCAUGGGGGCUGGGUUUGGCUUCCGUAACAUCCGGGACCCUGACCGGAGCACAUUUGCCGGCCUGGCCAGGAGCUCAGUGGUACGUCUGGAUCUUUCACACGGCUUUAUCUUCUCUCUGAACUUUCGGCUCUUUGAGUCUCUCAGGCACUUGAAGGUCCUGAACCUCGCCCACAACAAGAUAAACAAGAUUGCAGGGGAAGCGUUUUACGGACUCGACAGCCUGCAGGUUCUCAACGUGUCACAUAACCUUCUGGGCGAGCUUUAUAAUUCUGAUUUCCGUGGACUGCCUGAGGUAGCCUAUAUUGACCUUCAAAACAACCACAUUGGGAUCAUUCAGGACCAGACAUUCAAAUCCCUGAAAACAUUACAGACCUUGGAUCUCCGCGAUAAUGCCCUUAAAACCAUUUCUUUCAUCCCGAGCAUCCCUACUAUCUUCUUGGGCAGCAAUAAACUGGUGACCUUGCCGAACGUAAGGCUUACGGCCAACUUCAUCCACUUGUCAGAGAACAGGCUAGAAGAUCUGGACAGUCUCUACUUCCUUCUCCGGGUCCCUCACCUCCAGAUCCUCAUUCUGAAUCAAAACCGCCUUUCUUCUUGCAACCCAGCUCAUGCCCCAGCGGGGAGCCUCAGCCUGGAGAAGCUUUUCCUUGGAGGAAAUAUGUUGCAGCUGGCCUGGGAAACCGGCUUCUGCUGGGAUGUUUUUAAGGGGCUCUCCCAGCUCCAGGUCCUGUAUCUAAAUAACAACUACCUGAAUUUCCUUCCGCCAGGAGUAUUUGGCGACCUGACCGCACUGAGGGGUCUCAGCCUCAGCUCCAACAGGCUCACCGUUCUUUCUCCCGGCGACUUGCCUGCGAAUUUGGAAGUCCUGGACGUGUCCAGAAACCAGCUCCUGUCCCCUGACCCCGAUCUGUUUGCGGGCCUCAGUGCCGUGGACAUAACGUACAACAAGUUCAUCUGUGAGUGUGAACUCCGUCCCUUCAUCCGCUGGCUCAACCAGACCAACGUCACUGUGCUUGGGUCUCAUGCAGACGCCCUCUGCAUGUACCCCGCCUCGCUUGCUGGGACCUCCCUCUCCUCUGUGUCCAUGGAGGGUUGUGACGAAGAGGAAGUCUUAAAGUCCCUGAAGUUGUCCCUUUUCAUUUUGUCCAGUGUUACCGUGACUCUGUUCCUCACGGCUGUCCUCACGGUCGCCAAGUUCCGGGGGCUUUGUUUCUUCUGCUACAAGGCAGCCUGCAGACCGCUGUCCGUGGACCACGCCAAGGGCAGCGGGGCUGACGUGUACAAAUACGAUGCGUAUCUGUGCUUCAGCAACAAGGACUUUGAGUGGGUGCAAAACGCUUUGCUCAAGCACCUAGAUGCUCAGUACAGCGACCAAAACAGAUUCAACCUGUGCUUCGAGGAGAGAGACUUUGUCCCGGGGCAAGACCACAUCGCCAACAUCCAGGACGCCGUGUGGGGCAGCAGGAAGGUGGUCUGUCUCGUGAGCAGGCACUUCCUCCGAGACGGCUGGUGCCUCGAAGCCUUCAGUUACGCCCAGAGCCGCUGUGUGUCUGACCUCGAUGGUGCCCUCAUCCUGGUGGUUGUGGGCUCCCUGUCCCAGUACCAGCUGAUGAAGCAUCAGUCUCUCAGGGGAUUCGUGCAGAAGCGGCAGUAUUUGAGGUGGCCUGAAGACCUCCAGGAUGUCGACUGGUUUCUUAAUAAACUCUCUCAGCACCUUCUAAAGAAAGAAAAGGGAACGAAGAGAGACGGCGACGUUCAGCUGCAAACCAUGGCGAGCGUCUCCUCAUCCACUAAUCCCAAGCCACAGACAGCUCUGCAUCUGUGCUAAGCUACCGUUUGGGGUCCUUUCUCGUAGCUUGUCUUUCUACUAGGAACACGACGGGCUGUUGGUUUUCGUACCAACACGAUGCCCGGUCUCCCUGACCCCACCAUGGAGGGGAGUACUGUUUUCUCCCGUUGUGCCGACCACAAACCUUUCCUUGGUCGCCCUGUCGGCCACAGGGAUGCACACUCGGGGGCACCUUUGCUGGCAGUCGAAACUUCCUUGAGAUUGUAUUUUUUUACCUCAAAAGAAAUCUAUAUACAUUUUGCAUUCUGUCUUUUUCCAUAUUGAUUUUAUUUUUUUUUUAUUAAAAAAAAUUUUUUUUAA